AUGACAGGGACUAACAACCCUACGGUCCUUCUACGAGCCCUUCUACUGCUUUUCUCACUUCAGCUCCCUAUCUUCGCAGCCUCGGAGCUCACCUUUCCACCAAAUGCCAACCACAUCUUCAAUGCAAUUCACUCCUCGAUGCGCCAAUGGGGAUCGUCGUUGCAUCACAACGGCAUGUCCUUCUUUCUAGCUACCGUACCAGAAGGAACGCAACUCUACCACGGAAAUUCCUCGCCCGACCCGGUGAACGGAACGGAAUGGUUGGCCUUCGAGCCUGAACAUGCCAUGGUCUUCGCAGGUCCUCAUGGCCCUCCUCCGGACAAAGGUACGCGUCCGUAUAAGCGGAUCCAGAUCCCGCUACAGUCGGAACAGAAAGAUUCAGGGAACAAGCAAGAGAAGGCAGGGUGGUUGCAUACAUACACGGCCGCGAAGGACUUGCGACUACUGUAUAUCGACGGAAUGUCCGCCGCGAAAACGGAAAACGGAACGCUCGAUUCUCAGGAUCGGAUUCUACUUCGUGAUGCACUUGAGGGUAGGCCCGGGAUGCUGGAACGAGAACGGGCGGAUCUGAUGUGUGCCAUGGCUCGGGUAAACUACCAAGGUCGACUGGACGGCAUCCUCCGUAUGGAGGCAGGGUUCGAGAUCAUUCUUUGCGACUUCGCCAGAAACCUCCAGGAGGUCCGGGUUACUCGGGUGAAGCCUGAGGGUAAGAGUAGCCACCCAGGGCCAGGGCCACGUCCGGGCAGGGGCAAGAAGGGUGAUCUGGACGGAGCAAAGCUCUGGUAUAAGGCCAUUACAGCGCGGUACAACGGAAUAGGGGGUAACAGGGUUAUACUCAACUAUGACAAAUUUGUGACUGCGUACGUCUAUGGGCUGGAUUUGUUUCGGUCCUCGAGUAGUAAUAGCAACUCAUUACCGCGACUGAGUCAUCUGUUUGCCGAUGAGCUGGGUCCAAUUCGAAAUGAUCUAGACCAUCUUAUUAUGAAUCAUGAUCGCAGUGAGGCAUCGUUUAAUUGGCAGGGCGUUGCAGACAUGGUGGUGCAACGAUACGCGCAUGAGCUGCGGUACCUGGCGUCGGGCCAGCUUUCCACGCUGCAGGAGCUUCAUGAGGAAAUCGAGAAUAGCCUCGGUCCAUUUAUUGAUUACGGUGAUCGCAAUGCAGACGUAGAGGCCGACCGAUGCAGUGCGCAAUUUGUCCCUGCAGGGGCUCCGACCGAGGGCUUAGCCAGCGAUGCCGUUCGAUCCGUAGCCCGGAGUAUUUGCUCGACGAUGAUCGAGGCCUGGAAGCAAACCGACUACGACGUAGCGGUCACUCAGCUUCGGAGUCUAGUCGACUACUUGUCCUGGACCACCUGGAAGGAGUGCAACGGAUGUGCGGACAAUGAAAUCUGCGUGAUUCCGAUCUGGCCGAUGGGCACGGUGGAGGACUAUGAACACCCCCAGUGUCGAGAGGCAUCAAGGCCGAAUGGUCAAGGGCGACGAUACUGGGGCGAACAUGGACCGGGAGGUCCAGGAAAACCCAGACAGUCCAGCUGGCAUCAGAAAUUGCUACACUACCUGUGGGGCAUGAUUUGAUAGCAGUAUUCCCCCAAUAAGAGCGAACGGAGGUAAAAUUUCUGGUCGGAACCGGAUGCACUGUUACCUUAGAGAUUUUCUUUUUCUGCCUCUCCCUAUCUCCUUCAUCCUUGAUCAUUACUCGUUUUACUUUUAAUUUUUGGAAUAAACUCCCGUCAGGCUAUGAUUUCUCAGCCAAUUGGCAGCAAUUUGCGAUCCAUCACAUUCGGUCCGGGCGAUCAACUGCGCCAAGUUCAAUAGUUCACGCAGGCCAGUCCCCGAAACACACCAGACCCCGACGAUCAUAACGAUUCGGACAAAAGGGUGUCAGCACGACUUUAAGCUUAUUAUGGGGCACUCUCUUGACAGGAACAUGGACCUUUUUUUAGGACUUACGCUUUUCGCCACUGAGGUGGAUAUAGUACAACGAGGAUCUCGAGCCUCAAACAGGAACUAAUCCUGGGCCAUCGCCAGCCACAUUGAAGCUACGAAUGCAUGUCUGAGACAAUGAGGCCAUGUAACCCCUGAAGAUGGAGUCGGAAUCAGGGACUUGGGAGAGUCAAAUGUUGGGCAGAGAUUUCCAUGAGAUGCGUCAACAGAAGUACCAACCAGUCAUUACCAUAGGGUUGACAUGUCAAUAUUCGAAGUGAUGUAUGGGAAAGCCGAGCGACAUAGAACUAGAGACAGG